AUGAGCCUCUUGGAACAAGGGUACCUUCUUCCCUGGAGGUGUACUGGAUUCAUCUUCCAGAAAGUUGGGAAGCUGGCAGCAACAGCAGUGGGAGGUGGCUUUUUCCUCCUUCAGAUUGCAAACCACACGGGAUACAUCAAAGUGGACUGGAAGCUGGUGGAACGGGACGUGAACAAAGCCAAGCAGCAGCUGAAAUUUCACAGCAGUGGUAACAAAAUGUCUCCAGAAGUGAAAAGCAGAGUGGAUGAGGUGAUCAUAUUUCUGAAGAAGAAUGUUAUCCUGACUGGAGGGUUUGCUGGAGGAUUCCUGCUUGGAAUGGCAUCCUAG